AUGGCGUUGAACCUAACGCACCAGAUCGGAACACUCGCCGGAGCAUCGAUUUCGACGACAGAUACGAACUCAUCCUCCGUUGAAUCGGUGAACGCAUCGCCGAAGUGGAGGUCGUCGACGCCGAGCCUGACGUGCAAAAUCCAGAGGCCAGACGCGAUCGACGGAUUGUCGCCGCCGUUGAGCCCUUGCCGGUCACCUCUCGGGUCGACCCGGCCCGAUCUGUCGGUGGCGUGCCAGGCGUUCGCGACGGAGAUGGAAUCUCCGGUUCUAGAGCACCAGGUGAGGCGUGCACAGAAUAAGGGGACGGGGGUGCCGGUUUACGUGAUGAUGCCGUUGGAUAGCGUGACGAUGAACAACUCUGUGAAUCGGAAGAAGGCGAUGAACGCGAGUCUUCAGGCUUUGAAGAGCGCGGGGGUGGAGGGUGUGAUGAUGGAUGUGUGGUGGGGUUUGGUGGAGAGGGAAGCGCCCGGCGCGUACAAUUGGGGCGGGUACGUGGAGCUUCUCGAGAUGGCGAAGAAGCAUGGCCUCAAAGUCCAGGCUGUGAUGUCGUUUCACAAGUGUGGCGGCAACGUCGGGGACUCUGUCACAAUUCCUUUACCCAAGUGGGUUGUGGAGGAGGUUGAUAAGGAUCCAGACCUUGCAUACACUGAUCAAUGGGGAAGGAGGAACUGUGAGUAUUUAUCACUUGGCGCUGAUACCCUCCCGGUCCUUAAGGGCAGGACACCCGUGCAGUGUUACGCUGAUUUCAUGCGUGCCUUCAGAGACAACUUCAAACACCUCCUUGGUGACACCAUUGUGGAAAUCCAAGUUGGAAUGGGGCCAGCAGGUGAGCUUCGUUACCCUUCAUAUCCAGAGCAGAAUGGGACAUGGAGGUUUCCCGGAAUUGGUGCCUUCCAAUGUUUUGACAAGUAUAUGCUCAGUGGUUUAAAAGCUGCUGCUGAAGCUGCUGGCAAGCCAGGAUGGGGAAGCACAGGCCCCACUGAUGCCGGUGAAUAUAAUAAAUGGCCAGAAGAUACCCCAUUUUUCAGAAAAGAUGGUGGAGGCUGGAACAGUACUUAUGGUGAAUUCUUCCUCAGCUGGUACUCUCAGAUGCUUCUGGACCAUGGUGAGAGGAUCCUUACCUCAGCCAAGUCCAUCUUUGAGAAUCACGGUGUGAAGAUCUCAGUAAAGAUUGCAGGCAUCCACUGGCAUUAUGGAACCCGGUCCCAUGCCCCUGAGCUGACAGCAGGGUAUUACAACACACGAUUCCGGGAUGGUUACAUUCCUAUUGCUCAAAUGUUAGCGCGCCAAGGUGCAAUAUUCAAUUUUACUUGCAUUGAGAUGCGUGACCACGAGCAGCCACAGGAGGCUCAAUGUUUACCAGAGAAGCUUGUUAGGCAAGUGGCUAUGGCAACUCUGAAAGCAAACGUACCGCUCGCAGGUGAAAAUGCAUUGCCAAGGUACGAUGACUACGCACACAAGCAGAUAUUGGAAGCAUCGUCGUUGAACAUUGAGGGAAAUACCGAAGGCAACCAAAUGUGCGCGUUCACAUACUUGAGGAUGAACCCGCACUUGUUCCAGCCCGAUAACUGGAGGCAUUUUGUGGCAUUCGUCAAGAAAAUGAAGGAAAAGGGCAGUCACAAGUGCCGGGAACAGGUCGAGAGGGAAGCCGAGCAUUUCGUACACGUUACUACACCUUUGGUCCAGGAGGCUGCUGUUCUUAUGCGCUAA